UUAGCUGAUACUGAAUUUUAUUCGAAAUUUCAGAGGAGAUGGUGUUUCGUCCGUUGAUAAAGAGAAGGGUGGCGUUGUUCCCGAUGGAUGUUGGAGCACAACAUAGAAAAUGCCAGAGCCUACCGCGCCGUGAUUCCGUAGAAAUUGGGCCAGAUGCUUUCCAGGUAGUUAAGCCGGAAGACGCCGAUAGGAGAUUGCUGGGAUUGUUCUAUGUUGUCGUGGAAUGUCUAUCUAGUCAUCAGAAAGUGGUGUCAUUUGGCUUCUCCAGGGCUAUUGUUGUUGCAAGCGCGUUGAUGCUUGUUUCGCCUCUUGAAGCUUUAGCGGAACAAUGUCAGGGAGAGAGCUCAUUUACUAAAAUGCCACUUUUCUUUGCUGUUGCUAUGAUAGGGGCUACCGUCACAGGAUUGCUGGCACGGCAGAGAAGAGAAGAGCUGGAGCGCGUGAAUGACCAGCUACGCCAAAUCAACACCGCGCUAAGAAGACAAGCGAAGAUAGAGUCGUACGCUCCGAGUUUGACGUACGCACCGGUCGGUAGAAUCGCAGAGAGCGAAGUGAUCGUUGAUCCUAAUAAGCAGGAAUUGAUGAGAAUUUUGAAAACUGGAAAGAAAUUCCUGAGGAAUCAAGAACUCGACAAGGCCUUCGUGGAGUUCAAGGCCGCUUUCGAGCUCGCCCAGAGCUUGGGGGAACAUCUCGAGGAGAAGAAAGCUGCUCGUGGAUUAGGUGCAUCCCUACAGAGGCAGGGAAAGUACAGGGAGGCUAUAAAAUACCACUCAAGGGUUUUGGAGAUAUCGAAAAAAGUAGGGGAGGACUCCGGCAGUACAGAGGCAUAUGGCGCAAUAGCCGACUGCUACACUGAGCUUGGAGAUCUCGAGCGAGCAGCAAAGUUCUACGACAGAUACAUAUCUAGAUUGGAUAAAUGAAUGACUAGGUGCAAAAAAUGCCACUCUUCUUUUUUCUAUUUCUCAAUGCUUGAGAAAGAAAAUUGUGUGUCAUGUUUACUUCACACAUUUGAACCUUACAGCUUUUGACAUGUUUUCGGUAUCUGAUGUAGUUUUUUUCCCUUCAACUAACUCUAUGUUCUUGGAAAUGCUAUGUGUUUAUGGAUGGUGCAUCUUCUCAGAAAAUGUAUCGGAAAAUUCGUAUCAUACUCUGUAGAGAUAUCUAUGGUGCUCCAUAUUGUUGGAAUUAAUAAAAAGAGUAUGAAACUUAUUGGAUGAAUUAA